UUUUAUAUAGGAUUUAUAUCCGGUUUUCUUUGGGGCAUCUAUAUAUCCUUUAUCAGCCUUUUGUAUUUUUUUGUAUCAGAGCCAAUCACUAAUAAUGGUAACCAUCAUCGUAAACUUUCUGAUUUGAAAAUAUCCGAAAUGUGCGAUAUUGAAAAGGAUGCGGAAAACGGAUGGAUGAAUGAAUUAUGUGGUGAUUAUGAUCCUGAUACAUAUAAUGUGAAUUGUGCUAGAACAGUUCUCAUACGCAUUGAUAAGAACUGGAUUAGAAUUUCACGACCAAAGCGAGCAGUAUUAAAACAUGCUUUUCAUACAGAUCCAACUCAUUCUGGUUCAGAACCGUCGAUGUGUGAGCAAAGUAUUCACGAUUUAACUGGCGCCUUAGUUGAUUUGCGGCCUAAACAUCUGGCUAAACGACGUUGGUGGAGUCGUAAAUAUCCAAUUCAUAUUCGUUUUCCUUCUAAAACCAGAACAAAAAUAUUCGAUACUUCAUCUAACAAAACCCUUUCGAUGGAUACUUAUCCAUUAACUUCAAAUGGAAUGCAUCGUUCCAAUUCGGAUUCUGUUUUAACAUCGAUAUUUUUUUUCUCACAUAAAUUGCAAACUUUUUUUUUAGGUACCGAUGUUUCUUUAGAAGAAUCAGAAGGAUUCGAUCUUUAUUUGUUUGCUCGUAGUCCUCGGGAGAAAGAACGAUGGUUUCAUGUAUUUAUGUCACAUUUUAAUAACAUAAAGUUAGAAAAUGCUCCAAAGCAAGAGUUGAAUGUAAUUUUUAUGGAUCUUGGACGAAACAAGUGGAAAGCAGGUCGCUGUGACACUGAUUCACAGUUGCUUUUAUCUAUUAAUGGAUUUGUUUUUUCCCUUUUUUUUAGGGUCUUUUUUGAUUUUUGUCGUGAUCCAUAUUGGUCGGAACAAGUGCGGCAAAAAUUGCAGUCGAAAUUGGCUACGAUUCAUCUACCUUAUUUUAUUGAAGUACUUGAAUUAUCAAGUCUCGAUCUGGGCAGGACGUCGCCUUCGAUAACUGCAGUUUAUUCUCCUAUAGUGGAUCACUGGGGAUUAUGGUUUGAUUUUGAAAUGGAAUAUCGAGGUGGUUUUCAUUUGGUUAUUGAAACAAAAGUAAACCUAAUGAAAUUAAAAUCAGAUCCACGUGAGCUUGAAAAAGAGCGUCCGAGAGAGGAUUAUUUCAGUCGAUAUUCGGAUGAAAAUUUGCCCGAGUCGCCUGAAACUAGUGCUGAUGAAGAUUUUGGUUCAAAACUUGAGAAGACCACGACAGUGAAAGAACGUCCCGGGAAAAAAUUAUUGUCAGUGGUGGAUAAAAUCGCUAAUAGUAAAUAUUUUCAAGAAGCUUCAGAAUUGAAACCAGUUAAGAAGAUGAUGGAAGAAAUUUCAUCUACUCGUUUAAUGUUAAAUGUGGAAAUAACUUUUCUCCAAGGAACUAUGACCAUAAAUAUUCCUCCUCCUCCUUCCGACCGACUCUGGUAUGCCUUUCGUCGACCACCUAAGAUAUCCAUUAAAUGUAUACCUCAGGUUGGUGACAGAUGUGUCGAUAUGACCUCCGUUUCUGAUUGGAUUGAAAACAAACUUCGGCUGCUUCUUGAAAAAUGCCUUGUUUGUCCCAACAUGGAUGAUAUUAUUGUACCCGCAAUGAGUGGUAAUGCUCUGCUAAAAACUGGCUAUAAUUUAUGA